UCCAUGGGCAAAAAACUGUAUUGAAUAUUUUCAGAAACUGCUAACUCUCACCCUCUGACAUGCAGCAUUUCCAAAACCCAGGUGAGCCUCACCAGGCUUUUAAAUUAAGUACACGCAAGGGUUUAGAGUGGUUUGGGUUCAGACAUCUGAAGUUUCCACCCAAGCAAUAGUCUGUGGGCAGCCUCAAAAGAGCUCAUUUUCUUCUAUCCAUUUGUGUAUAUGACUGCAUGUGCAACACUGGGAGAAAGAAUAUUAAUUGCUCAUAUCUCCUAAAACGUGCGUGUGGUGGGCCAAGAUGCUAUCUGGGGCUUGUUGAAAGAAGACAGAAUCUCCUUUCCCUUUCUCUCCCCACAACAAACACCUGGUGAGGUAGGUGGGGCUGAGAGAGUCCUCAGAGAACUGUGACUACCCCAAGGUCACCCAGCAGGAAUGCAGCUUCCCAGUGCUAAAACAGAAACCAGCUUGCCAGUGCUAAACAACAGUAUCUGUAAUUCCCAGCUGGGGUGGGGGGAGCAUGUCAGGAGGGCACUUAAGCACCUGAAUUAAGGCCUCUUCAGCACCAAAGUAUGUGUAUGAAUGUUGCCAGUGACGGCACUGAAAUCUGACUCUCUGAAUGUCCAGCAUCUAUAACCAGUUCUCAGAUGAACUGUGAAAGCCCUGUUUACCAUUUUUAAUAUAUAUGUAGUAAUACUCACACCUGCCUCAUAACUGUAGACCAGGAGAGACUCCUGGCACAAAUAUUUCCCCUCCAUUCAACUAUUAAUACACCUAUAGGAAAAAGUAACAUGAACCCUCCGGUAACAAACAAGCUUUUGAAUCUGCAGCUGAUGCCUGCACAGGCAUGUUGAAUUGCCUUUGUAAGGCCCCAGCAGGAAUGUUAUCAGUAGAUGUCAAAUGUUGCCCUGACAACAGCUGCCUCAUCCAGGUAAUCUGCCCAUGGUAAAUACCAGAGGACAAUAUGCCUUUAAGUGCCAAAGGAGCGUGUUUGACCCUGCUUCCAUGACACUGUCAACCAUUUUUUGUUUACAUCAAUAAAGCUAUUUUGCUUGCCCAGAACUCUCUCUUAUGGCCAGUAUACAAUGUAAGUGGAUCUGGCUAUCUCAUCUGAUUUAUUCAUUGUAUCACAAGCUCCGUCUCUCCAGGUCAGAUUCACAGAGACCUGGUUGCAAUGCUGGGGUUUAAUGUAAGCACUUCAGCAAUGAAAAAUUAUGAGCAAGACAUAGAGCUUUGGGAGGCAACAGAAACUUCACCAUCUGAGGAAAGGAAAAGCUUACUCAGUCAACUACUCCAUGAGAGGGUGCCCAGUAAAACACAGGAACCAGUUUCCAAAUUUUAGCAGUUGGGUACGUCAGCCCACACAUCGUUUGAGAAAUCUCUUCUUCACAGGAUGAUUUUCCUGGCUAAGAUCUCCCCACACCUGGCAGAUAAAAGGGAUUUAGCUGAACACUGGGAACAGUUGUUUGUGAGUCUACAACGCUAUUACCACCAGGAUGAUGGGGUCACAGGCCUGUUGCUGAUCUAUCCUGCAUACAUUGUCCACAUAUUGGAGUCAUCCAGUGAUGUGCUCUACUCUGUCCUGAGGGAUCUAAGGGACAUAGAGCAGCAGCAGAGAGUGCUGGUCCUGGAUGCCAAGAUCCUUGUGAUGUCCCAUAAUCUCCCCUCCCGACUUUUCCAGCAGUGGAAUUAUAAAGUACUGAAUAUGCCAGAGACACACCUGAGGUACGACUCAGUUCAUGAAGAACCAGUGGAGGCUAUUGCCUGUGAGUGCCUCGCAACACUCCUGAAACUUGGCAAGCACCUUCUGAGGUACCCCAAGAACCCCAAGAACCUCCCAGACACCAUCCUGGAUAAAGUGCCAAAGCUCAUUAUUCCCCAGGACACCGUCUGCCACCUGCUGGAAUGCAAGGAGUUGCUAACCCCUGCUCAAUACCUGCAUUAUUAUGACUAUCCAAUAGACAUCGUUAUGGACUCAGCUGUCCCACAACAAACCAACCAAGUUAGAAGAGUGGCCUCCAGAAAAUCUUGGGACCAGCUGCAAUUACCAGCAAUAAUUGACAGGGUAAGUUUAGAUUUAUGGAGCAACAGUUUCUCUGCUUUGGGGGACAAGUAUCAAUUCCCUGCUAGCAAUUUGUCUCCACCUAAGAAAAACCAGGCAGAAUGAAGGUGAGUAAGCCUGACUGUGCAUUGUCAUACAUUCCAGGAUAAUGUAAGAUUACGGUAUACUAAGACGCACUAGUGCUUAAUUUCUCCUUCCUUCCAAAUUCCCCCUUUAUACCAAAACUGUGGUAUAAAACUUUGGCAAAACACAAAUGGCUGUUGCUAAAAACAAACUUCUGUGGUAGUUCCAACUCUGCUGGAUCCUGCAGGGAAGAACAGGGGUGGCACACGCGUCUCUCAACCAGACACAGUCAUUUUCAGGAGGCUCUCAACUCACUUCCCAUCUUAUGGCACCAACAAAAAAGGAAUGCAUCACACUUCCCUCCUAUGAGGUAGUUUAUGAACAGAUGUCGGCAAUAGGAACAGGGCUGGAGUAAAACACUGCAGUACCAUAAAGGCAAACAGGCUGACAGCGCAAGGCUGUUGUCCAUCUUGCCAGCCUGGGAAGGCAUACCAAUUGCAGUGGCUAACCAGGGAACCCAUCACAGGUGUUCUUAAGAUGCACAACAGACAGAACACCCAAUCACAGUACCACACAGUGUGCAGCUGCAUCUUGUAUUAAGAAGUUACAGGAGUUGAGCUUUGAUCCUAGGGCUGCCUGAAGUUGGCGGAAAAUUGGAACUUGGGCUAGAACACAAACAUGAACAUUUAUGUGUCGCUACAGCCUCUGCCAGUGGUGGUGUUUGCCACCUUGUAGCUGCGUUCUGGGCUGCGGCCAUAUUCAGAAAUGGAAAGCUAUUGUCCAUGCAUAAAAAGGCAGCUUAAAUCUUUAGCUGACUUAUGAUAGUUGUGAAAUGACCCAAUUCCAAUAAUUUCUGGCAACCAGUCAGACCUUGGAAAUAGGCAAAGAAUAUUGGACACAGAAUGAUAAAUUGCAUCUUGGCAGCAGGCUUUGUCCCUUCACUGGGAAAAAUUCUCUCUCUGUUUUUGGCAUGCAUGCAGCAGGACAAUAGGAAUUUGAACAAAACAUAAAGUUGGAGUGUAAGUAAAGGCAGGUGAGUGGAUUGCAGUUACAAUGUAACGAGCAUGUAAAUUCAUGUGGUAGCACUCUUUUGCUUUAAAUCCUAAUGUGACAAAACAGGAAUAUAUACGUAGCCAAACAGGAAAAGAUGACUGCUGCCAAUCCACAGCGACUUUGAGCACAGGAUACAAGGUCAUGAAUGGCUAUCUGAAACUGGUAGCCCUCCACCCCCAAUAUUAUAUCCUCUGUGCUGCCAAAGUCACAGAAGUGUUAGAUUUUUAAAUGUUUUAAAUAUGUUUGCAUGGGUUUGUAUUAUGGAAACGUUGUGAGCCAUCCUGAACCUGUAGGGGGAUGGGCAUACAAGAACAAUAACUAACUAAAUAAAAAUAUGUAGUAAGACCAGUUUCUCUUACAGAGCUUUUGUGCUGUGAGAGUUAUAUGCAUGAAGACAGAAACAUAGUUUUAAAAUGCCCUUGUCAUAAGUUUAUUGGUGGUCAUGCAGGAAAGCAGAUUUGCAGUGGUAUAAAUUUUUGGACCUUUCUGUAUUUUUGGUUCACGAAACACCCCUCUCUCACUCAGGAGGGAACUGUGGCUCACUAGCAGAGCAUCUGCCUGUCAUGCCGAAGGUCCCAGCACCUUUUAUUAAAAGGAUCUGGUAAUAGGCGAUGCAAAAGAUCCUGCCUAAGAUGCUGGAGAGCCAAUGCCAGUCAGUGUAAAGCAACUGCAUAGGUUAAAAAAACAGAUGCACUCUACCUGAAGUAAAUUUUUAGCCCAGCACCACAAUCUUCACAGAGUGAUACAUAUUUGAAAAUAGCUCCUCCACGCAGAGUGUAAUUUCUUUCCCCACUAUUAACACCACCACUCCCCAAACCAAUUCCUCAUUCUCUUUCAGGAGCACCUGUAACCAGAGCCAUUUCCUUUACUGUCUUCCCCCAUCACUAGUAAAAGUGACAGGCUGUGGGGUGUGUGUGUCACAAUUUUCACUAGCAUAUUUCACUCUGUUGCACAAUGCCAGUGUUUAAAGCAAUAUGUACGCACUUUUUUUAAAAAAAAGAUGUCUUAUGUGAAGUUGACAAGACAGUAAAAUAUAUUUUUGUUGGUGAAACUACCAAGGUUUUCCUCAGUUUCACUGAAGAAAGGGCCUUGAAGGAAGCUGGUGGCAGGCAGACAAGUAAUAUACCACAGGGAUUCCAAUCAGUUAGACUAUAAGCACCCAUCUCCUGAUAGUAUUUCAUCAAAAUCACGUCAUGGGGCAGGGCAGCACAGGCUAGAAGGAGGAAAUGAAAACCAGAAUUUAUGAACCACUGUUAACAUGACCUGGUGAUUUUAGCCUAAUUGUCAAAGAUGCCUCUUCUAGCAGUCUGGUUGAUGCUACAGCCCACCUGAGCAAUCUUUUGUGCAGGCAGGGAGAUACCCUUCCCUCCUGGCUAUUCCCUCCCCAGCAGGCAGACCAAACCCAAUAAGCAGACACAAGAGAAACAGAGAUGCCACAA